UAACCCUCUGCGUCUUUUCUCGUACUUCUUAGUGUUUUCCGACACUUCUCCGUCUAUUCUGAGUACCGUAAACAGGGGGAGGGGCCUGUUUCCAAAUUAGGAGUGAAUGUGGUUACGUCACCCGGGCCAGCGCCCCUGCUCACCACACGAGCUGGAACACGCGCUCGUUGCCUCGCUCGGGGGGGAAGUUGUGGACGUCAGAUGAAGAUGGCGUUGAGCUGGAGAGCUGUCAACUGUUUUCGGAGCAAAACAAACGCUGCCGCAGCCUCGUCGGUACUCUGAAAGGCAGCGACGGGCUCCCUGCGACUGCUUUAGCUCGCCUCGACACAUUUUUUUACCGCAUUUCUUUCUCUUUUUUGUUACUUCUGGGAUUCCGUCUUCGCCGGAGAAAAAAAAAAAACAUCCUGGAGCGGAGUUGACAGCUAACGUCUCGCGCGCUCAGCUAGCGUUUACCUCCACUGUCUGACCAUUAAAGGAGAUUUAACCUUUUUUGCUAAGGGGUGGGAGCUAGCCAUCGAUCUGUAGAGCUGCUAUUUUUGUUGACUCGUCGCACACACGGAGCUAUUAACCAAUCGAUAACGGGACAACAUGAUUAAUUGAACUGUUGCUUCUUUUUGCUUGACCAGCCAACUCUGCUAACAACGUCAGUUGAAAUCUAACGUUAGUCAGCUGAGCGUCGUAUGCCGCGUUGGUUGUUUGUUUUUUUUGCUUUUUAUUUGUAGUCAGACACAUUUAAGAGGAUGUCAGAUAACCAGAGUUGGAACUCUUCCGGGAGUGAGGAAGAUUUAGAGCCCAGAGAUGAGCACCUGCAUCCCGUCGGACCGCUGUUCAGCGGGGUCCUCAGUAAGUGGACAAACUACAUCCAUGGCUGGCAGGACCGUUGGGUUGUGCUGAAAAAUAACACACUGAGCUACUACAAGUCACAAGACGAGACAGAGUACGGCUGCCGGGGUUCGCUGUGCCUCAGCAAAGCUGUGAUUACUCCUCACGAGUUCGACGAGUGCCGGCUGGACGUGAGCGUAAACGACAGCGUGUGGUACCUACGAGCUCAGGACCCAGAGCACAGAAACCGGUGGAUUGAUUCCAUCGAGCUGCACAAGAGUAUCAGAGAGGGGAAGAGAGAGAGGGGAGGAGUCCAGGGAACAGUUAUCAUCCCUCCACUACUGGCCGAUCCCGGAUAUGGCUCCGAGUCCAGUCUGCGGCGCCACGGCUCCAUGCUGUCCCUCACCUCGGCCACCAGCGGCUACUCCGCCACCUCCACAUCCUCCUUCAAAAAGGGCCACAGCCUGACGGAGAAGCUGGCAGAGAUGGAGACCUUCAGAGACAUCCUGUGCAGGCAGGUGGACACCCUGCAGAGGUACUUCGACAGCUGCGCCGACGCCGUGUCCAAGGACGAGCUGCAGAGAGACAAAAUCGUGGAAGAUGAUGAAGAUGACUUUCCCAACACCCGCACAGACGAAGAAAAACUGUUCCUGUCCCUAAACCCGAAAGGAAUCAAUGGCAUCGACUUUAAGGGUGAGGCCAUCACAUUUAAGGCCACCACAGCCGGGAUCCUGGCCACUCUGUCCCACUGCAUCGACCUCAUGGUGAAGCGGGAGGACAGCUGGCAGAGGAGACUGGACAAGGAAAUGGAGAAGAGACGACGAAUAGAGGAGAGCUACAAGUCGGCCCUCAACGACCUGAAGAAGAAAUCUCACUUCGGGGGGCCGGACUAUGAGGAGGGUCCCAACAGCCUCAUCAACGAGGAGGAGUUCUUCGACGCGGUGGAGGCUGCCCUGGACAGACAGGACAAAAUCGAGGAGCAGUGUCAAACCGAGAAGACGAGGGUCCUGCGCUCCACUCCCGUUCCACCCGAAGACGUAUAUUCAAGCAGCGGCUCGCACCGGUUCUCCCAGAAGGUGGAGGAGAUGGUGCAGAACCACAUCACCUACUCGCUGCAGGACGUGGGCGGAGACGCCAACUGGCAACUCGUCAUCGAGGAGGGAGAAAUGAAAGUGUACCGGAGGGAGGUGGAGGAGAACGGGAUCGUGCUGGACCCUCUGAAGGCCACCAUCUCAGUCAAAGGCGUGACCGGCCACGAGGUCUGCCACUACUUCUGGGACACGGCCUACCGCAACGACUGGGAGACCACCAUUGAAAACUUCAACGUGGUGGAGACGCUGUCGGACAAUGCCGCCAUCGUCUACCAGACCCACAAGAGGGUGUGGCCGGCCUCCCAGAGGGACGUGCUCUACCUCUCGGCCAUGAGGAAGAUCGCCGCCCGCAACGAGAGUGACCCGGACACCUGGCUGGUCUGCAACUUCUCUGUGGACCACGACGAUGCUCAGCCCACCAGCAAAUGCGUGCGCGCCAAGAUCAACAUCGGCCUGAUCUGCCAGACGCUGGUCAGCCCGCCGGAGGGCGACCGGGAGCUGGGCAGGGACAACAUCCUCUGCAAGAUCACCUACGUGGCCAACGUGAACCCUGGAGGCUGGGCCCCCGCCUCCGUGCUCCGGGCCGUGGCCAAGAGGGAGUACCCCAAGUUCCUGAAGCGCUUCACCUCCUACGUCCAGGAGAAGACGGCCGGCAAGCCCCUCCUGUUCUGAGACCAGCCGCUCUGAGAAUCCCCACCCCCACCCCAACCCCACCCAGUUCUCAGCUACAAGUCGGUGUGAAGUGCAAAUAAGGAGGAAAGGCUUCGGGCUCUUUGAGGCCGGAGUGGUCAGAAGCUGUGAGAUUCUGCCUCACACAGAGCUGACCAGCAGGCGGGGGCCAGUUUGUUCCCAGCCCCCCUUCCUCUCCCCGUUUUCCUCCUCUAGGACAGAUGUAAAAUGUAAAGUCCGAUCUGUACGAAAAUUUGUAAAAAAAAAACAAGCAGAAAAGCUUUCAGAAAAGUGGCU